CUGCUCUGGCUCUGUCCAGACACACAGACAAACUCGCUCCCCACUGAGCACUACUAAACGGAUAUAUCUAACUGCCACCCGACACCGAUACACCUACCCCUACCAACUCCAACCUGCUUUGCCAGUAUGUGUAAAGGACUAGCAUCACUGCCUACCGGCUGCUUGGAAAGAGCCAAGGAGCUGAAAGCAAGGCUGGGAAACAUUUUGCAAAAAUCCAACUGGAGUCUAUCCUGCUGCAAAAUUGGGCAAAAUAAGCCAACCCUGGAGGAAUGCCUGAGGUGGAAAGAGUCGUUUGAAAAACUCCUGUGCAGCAAAUAUGGACUGUGUGCCUUCACAGCCUUCCUGGUGUCUGAGUUCAGCGAGGAGAACAUUUCGUUCUACUUUGCCUGCGAAGAAUACAGGAAUACCAAAUCCACUGCCAAACUAUCAGCCAAAGCCCAGAAGAUCUAUGAUGAAUUCAUCGGCAGUGACGCUCCCCGGGAGAUUAACAUCGACCACGAAACUCGUGACAUCACCAGAGCCAACAUGAUGGUGGCAUCACCCUCUUGCUUCGACUCGGCCCAGCACAAGAUCUACAUGCUCAUGGCCAAAGACUGCUACCCUCGCUUCCUCCGCUCUCCAGCCUACAGGGAUCUCGUGUGCCAAGCCAAGCCAAGCGCCAACGCCACCAAGCAGCCCCGGCAGGAGAACAAGGUGUGAACUCUCUCCAUGAGGCCGCGGAGGAUUGUUAGCGGUUCGCCUUAAAUGGGUUGAGAAAGCAAGAGAGGCAUGACGUUAAGGUGCCGCAUCUCGAAGCUGGACGCAGAGAUCGUCACGAGAGCAGCGGCGGGAUGGCCGUAUCCCGUAGACGCUGAAGAUUGAAGAGAAAAGGAAAACGGAGGGGUUGAUGCCUUAAGUGGACUGUGGUGUGAACACAGAUGGAGUUUGGACAUCAAACUCAUGUGAAAGUAUAACAGACUGACAAUCAAAAAGGAGGGGGAGGAGAAAAGCACUUUUCUUUGCCAUUAGGCAAACGUUUGUGGUUGUGAUGUGCAAUGUGUCUCUGUCAAAGUCUUACACUGUUUGUGAACAGGCAUGUAAGGUACUUUAUGAUUUUGUAUUUAUUUGUAUUUAUUUUACCUGUAAUAUAUUUGUUGCAUUUUUGCCAAACAAAGAUGAAAAAAUGUGCAAUUUAAUUUAUAUUAUAUAAUAUAUUUAUAUCACUGUUGUCUUUUUUUACCUACCAGGAAAUAAACU